GAAAAAAAGUGGCUGUCCGGCACCGCGGAUGCGGCCGCUAUUAAUACAAGACGGAGAAAAACAGCUUUUGUUUCCAAGCUUAACGUCGAUGAGUGAGCGUCGCUAAUGGAACAAUCAAUCUUCCUCCAUCAUGUUGUUCAAAAGGACCCAGCCAGGGCUUUCGCGCCAGGCUCAUCAUCGCCGUCCGAAACAUCGAGCAGCAUUUUGACGUCGGGGAUCGACAUGGCAUUAAAGCAGUCCAAGGACCACUUUAGUUCCUCUCCGUCGGGCGAGGCGAGAUGAGCGGCAGGGUCGCCAGCGAGGAAGCCAUCGGUUGAGCGAGUGUCAUUUUUCCUACCAAAACCUCUAGACUUUGACCCGGCCGCGCGACAAAAGUAGACGGUGUACUGCGGCGGCUCCUGGGCGUUUCGCUUCAGGACGUCGAACCCGAACCCGGAGCCGCGCACGUGCUCAUAAUAUAAAAGAUCCAUGUCGUAGAUGUCUGCGAUCUCCUCUGCUGCUGCCGCCGCCGCAGCCGCAACUGCAUCGCUGACGUCAUCGCUCUGCUGAAAACAAUAGUCGGCCGACCGCCGGCGCCGCGGGGUACUGGAGUUCGGGUCGCGAAACGCGUCUUGGCGCUCCAGCGACGGUGGGCGACGGGCUUGGCGACGCGGAGCAGGCGGCGGGAGCCCGUCUGAGGAUCCCGCGGUGUGCAUGUCCACGCCUUCGGUUGCGCACGACGCCCAGGCGAUGCGGCUCCGCGGGCGCUGUCGGGGUAUGGUGAUGGGGACGUCGCUCCUCCGGGUGGCGUCAAACGCAGAUGGACGAAACGAGCGGCUGCUGUGGUGGCGGCGCCCGGGCCGGGGACGUGCGUGCAGCCGGUGCGCAUCCUUGAGAGCGUUGUGUUCUCGGAUGGGCAUCUUGGCGCAGCCGCCGUAGCCGCAGUCGCAUCUCGUGCGGCGCACCUUGGGCGGGUGUCUCGGGGGACGCGGCGCGCGGGUUCGGGACUCGUGGCGUUGCUCGCGUAGCGCCUCGGUCAUUCCCACCAGGGGAUCUGAUGUGUCGUACAAUGCCAGACCCAUUGCUGUCGGAAGGGGAGUGUCGGCGUGUGGGGUUGAUAGAGGCAGGGUGGGAAGAGGAGAGCGAAAAAUAUCGCUGAGAUGGCGAUUGUGGGAGUGAUUUACCUUGUGUGCUUGAAGUGUUGGAGAAUGUGACUGUCCAGGGGGAUGGCGCAAUAUCCUUAUAAAACAGAGAUGUGAGUGUGUUGGGGGCGUUUUGCCAUUGUAGUAUGGCUAAAGCCGAACAAAAUGCGGCGAAGGGCAGUCAUUUUGGUACAAUCAAGACCAUCCAGGCUGCCGGUAGGGUUUGGUGAUGGAUUCGGGCGUUGGUUGUCGCGGAAAGCAUCGGAAUUUUGUUGCGAUUUGCAAUUUUGGGAAGUAAGCUGCACCUGAGUCACUGUGAGUCCAGGUGGACAAACAAGUCUGGACAGAGCCAGGCACACUGAGUUGACUGUGGCGUAGCGCCAUCUUGGCCCAACGCAGGUCUUGGGUAAUGGUGGGGUGGGCCCUAUACUGCCUAAUUCAGCACCAAUAGAGAGAACCCACAGUGAUCAUUUGUCGCUUCGAAUUGCGCUGUCGUCAGGAUGGUCUCAAGCGCAAGAGCAAACAAGAAAGCCGCUACUGAGUCUGCAAAAAUGACUGGGGGAAGAAAGAAGAAAAAAAAAAGAAAAAAAAAGGGCUAACUUGAUCCCGUCCCUGCUCCGUGAGUUUUCGGCAAGCUACAAUUUUGUGGAUUUUAGCUAUGCUGAGCCGAGACAUGCCGAUUGACAUCAACCUCAGAAACACGGCGUUUAUGAUGUCGCGUUUUGCAAACCAAUCGAGCGACUCGCUUGCCUUUUGUGUUUAAUUAUUUAUGCAGUUUAAAUGUAAGCAGAGGGCUGCUUUUUCGACCACCGAUACCUGACACCGUUCAGAUGAGUCAAGGAUGACAGAUGGAAAACAUGACAAAAAUCGAGAAUACGAUUCCCUUUAUUGCCCCGUUGGGUAGAGAACUAGUCAUUUCGGGCGCUUAUAUGCAAGCGCUAGUGGUGCAGCAGUCUGCCAACGAGUUUGGUGCCUGUCUUGUCCACACAGACGUGGCAGACAUCGCCCAGGGCACAUGUCCUGUGGAUGUGGAUCAGACAGAUCUGCACCCAGAAUAUAUGAAUAACGGUAAUAUCAUGUCGGGUAUGCACCCCAUGCAUAUUGCAUGGGCGUAA